GCAAGGGAGGAAAAAGGGGAGGAGAGCACAUAAGAGAAGUACAGACAGAUUGAGAGAGGAAGGGAGAAAGUCAGCUACAAAGUCAGAGGGAAUUUAGCCGGCAAAAACUUCAAUUUCUUCCUCUCUAUUCCAUUUCAUUCUCCUGGUCUCUUAUCUUGCGUCUUGGUCCUGGCACAACAGCAGUGUCCUGUCAGCCCCAGGGAAGCUGGUGGAUGUUUUUAAGAGCACACUUCUCUGACACUCACAACAGGAUGAGUGCUUGAGGACAAUCUGGAGAGGCUCGCGUUAUUCAAGAGAUACAUUCACCAACCCAGGAGAGGCAGACGGCAUCCACUCCAUCCUCAGGAGCAAAUGAGAGGAGAGGGUCUGUAACGCUGGAGCUCAAGGACAAACCAUGGACUCUGCACACCUCCCACUUCACCUGGACGUCCAUCAUGUUCCCUGCUAGCCUACUGGUUCUGAUGAUCCUGCUGCUACCUCAUGUCUCAUCAGGUCAACAGGAGGGUCCCAGUCAGACAGACGGAAACCUUGGUAGUCUUCUGGAACCUAGUUUGACCCAUACCAUUCAAAACCUCCUGCUGACCCGCCUAGGCCUACAGUCACACCCCAACCCCAGUAAAGGGGCACUGGUGCCCCAAUAUCUUCUAGACCUGUAUCGAUUUCACACUCAACAGUACCAUCUAAUUGAAGACCCAGAGUUUAACUACCCCUCCCAGCAUGUGCAAGGAGCCAACACAGUCCGAUGCUUUCACCACACAGAUUCUGCAGUCCUGAAUGUUCCAGAAGAGCAGAAAACGACAGGGGACAGCAUUCACAUUGGCUUCAAUCUGUCCUCCAUUCCGUCAGAAGAAAAUGUGGUGUCAGCAGAGCUGCGUUUCCUGCAUGAAGGAUCAAAAGAAGACUCUCACAUGGUCAGCCUUUAUCUUUCCAACAGUGACCCUGCAUCAAAGCCCACACUGCUCCAUUCACGUCGGCUGAAUAGAGAUAGAAAUACCACAGAACUCUGGGAAACCUUUCCCCUGGAUGGAGAAGUGUUUCAGAAUCUAUCAGAGAAGUCAGGGAGCCUGUCUUUUAUUCUGGAGAUUAUUGCUGAUAAUAACAGCAGUCUCUCCAAAGAGAGACAUCUGCGGGUUCGCAGGUUCACCGGUCAAGAUGAGCACAGCUGGGCGAGGCAGAGGCCCUUGCUGGUGACUUACAAUCACGAUGGGCGCAGCGAGCCCUUUGUGCCCCUCAAAAAGCAGCGCCCUCCUGGCAGACGAGGCAGGGGCAGAUGGACCAGGGGCAGGUCUAAGGGUGAUAGGGGUCAGGGCUCUGACACAGGUUGGCGGGUGGGAUGGAAUGAAAGGCGAGUGAAAAGACAAGGUGGCAGGGCUGCCAAGCUCAAACGGCUCUCCCGUGCUCACUGCCGUCGACACCCACUGUAUGUGGACUUCAAAGAUGUAGGCUGGAAUAAAUGGAUCGUGGCCCCAUCUGGUUACGCUGCUUUCUUUUGCCUCGGAGAGUGCCGCUUCCCACUGGCUGACCAUAUGAAUUCAUCUAGCCAUGCUAUGGUGCAGACACUGGUCAACUCCGUAAAUGGAGCUGUGCCACGGGCCUGCUGUGUCCCAACUGCCCUUAGCUCCAUUGCUCUCCUCUACCUGGACCAGGAAGAACGUGUGGUGUUGAAAAACUAUCAAGACAUGGUGGUGGAGGGCUGUGGCUGUCAAUAGCAAAAUAUAGAAAAAAUAAGAAGGAUGGACUGGAAAAUUAGGACUAAAAAGGAACUACAAGCAGAAAGUGAGAAGUGAGUCAGAAAGAAACAUAAAGAGACAAAGAAAGCAAGGUAAAACUGUCAAACAAAAACAUGUGCACCUUCCCAUAGUCCUCUGGAACCUAGCUUUGACUUAUUUUGUCCAAUGAAGCAUAGUAUUUGUGUGAACUACAACCCUUAGAAGCACUCAGUCCCAACGUGACGUGUCAGUCUUGUGUAGUUGACUCCAGCUUUCUGUCUUGUAGGUGUCAAAUAGCUACAAUAUGUUCUAGUUGUGUCCGUCCUGCUCCAGUUUUGUGCGUCUUUCCCUCGUAAACAUCAUCGUCAUUCAAGUCAACUCAAAGGGACCAAGAAGUGACCAUGGACUCUCACUGAGCAUUCACCGCUUGACAGAUUUUAACCUGAGGGGAGACGAUAGGAAAACUUAAUUCCUCAUCUCUGAUUGCAAAAGAAACUUCGAAGUAUGCACUGUGACAAAUCGUAUAAUCGAUUACAGGGCUCUUCUCCUUGAGCUAUUUAAAAAUCAAGACACCAAGAAAUUAUGAUGUUAUUGUCUGAAUGUGUUAGUGCUUUAAUUUAUGGUGACCUGUUAUUUUUAUGUACGGUGCAGUCCAAAGAAAAGCUUGCUAUACAAAUACUUCUGUGGUAGUAAAGUAAAUCUAAUUUAAGAAUGCAUCAAUAUAUCUAUUUAAAUAGCAAAGAAUAUGGAAUAUUUAAUCUUGACAAAUACCGCAGGUAUAUAAGUACCAGAACGCCUUAUAGGUCCAUUUAAAGCCAGUUAAAACUGGUGUUACUCAUCUAUUAUUUGUAAAACCACAGCACUGAAUCAUGGCAGCUUUAUAUUGGCAUUGACUGAACUAUGAGGGCUCUUUCAUUACAGUAGAAGCUUUGUGAAACAAAGAAAGUUGCCUAAACAUUCCACGGUAUUGUGCCAAAUGUUAUGGUAUGUGCCAUAUGUGUGCAAGCUUGCUAAGUGGUAUUAUACAUAACUUUGUAUCUUUGUCAUCAUGUAGUUAUCACACAAGUGUUGACCAAACCGUUUGUCUUUAAAAACAACAGGUUCAGAAAAAAAUAUUCUGUCAUGAAUAGCUGAUUAUAUUUUAUUGUGAUGCUUUAUGUGCAGUUUAAAAGCCUUGAGAAUGUCUGACAUUGUCUGGAGCCAUUGUGAAAUGUGUAAUAAUAAACAGCAAACUAAUAAGGCAGUUCUAA